GGAAAUUAAGGCAACUUUCCUUACUCUCUAUUAGCUCGUUAACUCUCUCUCUUUCUCUCAAUCUAAGCAUAAAAAGAACUCUUUCACUUAUUUCUUGCAGACCAAAGAAACAUUUCAUCAAACACAUAGUGAGCAACAAAAGCAGAGAAGCAAAAGAAACCCACUUUUUCUAUACCAUCAUUGCAAUCAUAUCCAAAUCCAACUUGGAUUAAAGCACGCCUGUAAUCUUUUUUUUUUUAAUUCACACUUAUCGCCUCAUUUACUUUAAUUACUUUACUUAAACCCUUUUGAAAGAAAGAGUUCUGGAAUUUAGAGAGAUAUGGAGAUUGAAUCAGUGACGUGCGAGUGUUGUAGACUGAAAGAGGACUGCACUCAAGAUUAUAUCAUUGAAGUGAAAUCAAAAUUUGAUGGGAAAUGGCUAUGUGGGUUGUGUUCAGAAGCUGUUAGAGAUGAAGUUAGUAGAGGUAAUAAAAAACAAUUUGGAAUGGAAGAAGCAGUUAAAGCUCACAUGUCAUUUUGUGGUAAAUUCAAUUCAAAUCCUGCAGUCAGAGUUGCUGAUGGGAUGAGGCAGAUGCUUAGAAGACGGUCAGGCGACUUGUCGUCUUCACCUUCUUCUUCUUCUUCUAAGAAUAAGUACACCAGAUCAGCAAGCACAAGACUUUACUGAUCAUUUUGCCUCUUCUUUAAUUGCCUGGAAUAAUAUUUUCAUGGCUAUGGCCUCUUUUGGCUAUAAAUGCCUUUAUCUUGUCUUGUACAGGGAAUGUUAUUUCAAAGGAGGCAUUUUUCUUUUUUAUUUGUUUU